AGGUCCUCUCGGUCCUCCGUCGCUGUUGGUGUGUCCGAGCAGAGGCGUCCCCCACCCGAGCCCGCUGAGCAUGGCCACGGACGACUCAGUGCUGACUGAUGACCUCAGUGACCUCCUGAGGGAGUUUGAUGAAGUGAUUGAAGACUUUGACAACGGUGAGGCCUGUCAGUAUGAGCAGCACUUGGAGGACAUGAAGAGAAGGACAGUGUCCAGCAUGUAUGACAGUGGCAUUGACGAGCUAGAGAGUGCCAGCACCUCACCUAGAAGCAGUUUAAACUCCAGUGAGGAGGAUCUCAACACCAAAGCCAAAGCUUCUGACUCCAAAGCUAAACUCGGAGACACACAAGAACUGGAGGACUUCAUUGCAGAUCUGGACAAAGUGCUGGAGGAAAUGUGAGAUGCCAUGUCCUGGAUGGAUGCUGAAAGAGCGAUAUUAAGGCAAAUCAGAACUCUGCCUUAUUUUUGCAACCCAUGUUUCAUGUUCUACUCUGUUUGAAAGAGUUUAUGACUUGCACACAAAGCAGCAAGGACAAGACAGUUACUCUGCAGACAGGAAUUGCUUGCUUAGCAACAACCACGAGCUUCCGGUGAAGACCCAACCACAGGCUGCAACAGCAAUGAAGUCAUAACUGAGAAUCCCAGCUGGGCUUUCCCUCUAGCUUAUGGCUGCCUCUUCAGACAACCAACAUACGUAGUGGAGACUGAUUCAUUUUGGGAGUGAGUGAUGCUGAGAGUUGGGAGGCAGUUGCAUAUUGGCUUGGGCUGGGUUUCCUCUGCCCUCAAGCUUUCUGCUUUCAAGGCACAGUUGCACCAACUCUUAGCCAGCGUACAGCUUCUAUCCCCCUCCCACACUUAUUAAAGGACUGUCCAUCUCCAAGGGGGUGGAAGAGGAAUAGUUUUAAAAAGAGAUCUCUGCUCAUAGAGCAUCAGUGGUCCUGCAGCCUUUGGGCCUCUUCUGGGCAUUAUUAUGAUUAUGUGUGGACUGGUUGUUGGCUACUAAAAUUGUAAGUGGCAUGGGCAUGUCUCUUUUAAACUUGGUAAUUCUUUGCUUACAUGUUAAGUAUUUCUUAGAAGGUGUUUUACUGGAGAUCAGUGAUAACAACUGACUGACAUUUACCAUAGUUUAAGAGUAAAGAGACCCAUACCUUCUAGUUCAGAUCCAGGGUUUUGAUAUAAUUAGUACAACAAAAACCACCAAAUCUGAAAUUCCCUCAUAAUAUCAUUCAUAAAUUAUGAUAAUUUUUAGAAUGACUCAGUUAAACCUUCAGCUGCCAUGAAAUUGUGGUUUUUCCAUUGACCAACCAGGUAAAGAAUUGCAUGUGAGUAAUGCACUGGCGCACACAGUGCAACUACAUCACUUUCUCUGAGCUGAAAGUGAAAGUUAUCUCCUGUUCUAAGUAUCAUAGACAAAGUGAUCUUUCUCCAUGUUCUCAGCUUGCCAGUGGGCAUCUUCAGACACUGCCCUGCCUGAACUCCGGAAGUCUGAUUCUGUUCCAUCUAUUGGGUACAUAGACUGGUUUGAUUUCUAAGUCUGGUCCUAUUUUACCCUGUUCGAGCCCCAGAGAAAAUAUUAGCAUACCUACUUUUGAAACAGGCCAUUUUUUCCCUGUAAGAUGGUGUCACAAGAAACCGCAAGCUAGAGGAGAAUAUACUGACCACUUGCAUUGCCUGCUUUUUCGAAGACUUGAGCAGGAU